ACGACGUGACUCACCCGAGACUUGGCGAGACUUUGACGCGUUGACGACAAACAAAACAUGGCGUAAAUUCCGGUUGGAAUGUUGCACAUCGUCCCGGUUUGAACGGAUUUUGGAGCCUUAGAUGGAAGCAGCGAUGGCCGGAGAGUUAGACGAAGAGUCCCUCCAAGAGUUGUACUCCUGGAUCGACGAGAUUCCUCUGACUAGACCCAAGAAAAACAUCACCAGAGACUUCAGCGAUGGCGUGAUGGCAGCAGAGAUUGUAAGACACUUCCUGCCCCGAAUGGUGGACCUACACAACUACAGCCCUGCCAACUCCACACAGCAGAAACUCAGCAACUGGGGAACUCUCAACAGGAAAGUCUUCAACAAGUUGAACUUCCAAGUCCCAGACGACGUGAUGCGAGCGGUGUGUAACUGUAAGCCUGGGGUGGUGGAGGUGGUGCUGAACCAGCUACGACUCAAGAUCAUCGCUUAUCUGGAGAGGAGGAAAAAAUCUGCAGAUGCGGAGAUGAAAUCCCCAGAAGGUUACAAUGACUAUUAUCACAUGAAUGGGCAUGACAUGUACGGAGGAGGCAGGAGCUACAUACAGGACCCCUAUCCACUGCCAGGAGUGCAAGCAUUGCCAGAAGGACAAAUCACCUCUCGCCCAUCCAGCCUUGAUGUUGACCCCUACCCCCAGUUCCGUGACCCCAGGAUGCAGAGACCCCAGAUGGCCAAAAUGUCACCUCGGAAUGGCUCUAUGGAGGGACAAGACAGGUGGGGCCGCGAGGGGAAAAAUGGCAUCGGGAGCGGAGGCCAGGUGCCCAGAACCAGGUCGAUGACCCGGGUCAACGUGGACGGCCUUGACCCUGAAGUUCGGCUGCUGCUGGAGGAGAAGGAACAGGCCUUCCUGGCAUCACAGGAAACUGUACAUAUCCUGAACGCAAAGAUCCGGCGGCUUGAGCACCUCCUGCACCUGAAGGACAUCAGAAUAGAGGACCUGAACAGGAAGCUGGGCCAGUACUCCCAGAACGGGCACUCCUGAAAUCACGCAGAGGACAGCCCCGCACCGGGACCACGGCAUAGUUUGACCUCUGAUGUAGAAAAGAUGACAAAAAUGAAAAAUAGACUUGUGCAAGGACAGCACAGGUGUUCCCUUCUCAUACUUGACAACUUGCACAAAGAGGCAAGGAGUCUUGACACCUACAAAUACAACAUAGACUGCAUGAAGCUACCUCCUUGGCUUACAAAAUAUUUCUGUCAAAACAAACUAAGAGAACUACUGUACAUGUAAUACUAUAUGAAAACAGGUCCAUAGAAGUCCAACAUCCUUUGAGGUGAUGAGUACCGGUAGGAUGUCUGCAUCAUCAUUGCUUCUCAGUUGACAAGCUGUCUCAUUUUUCUCAGUCAAAUGUACCUGUAAAAAAGCCAUUCUGUCCCCCAACACAGCUUGUGUAGUUAAAGUGUAUCCUGAAGUUCAUUGGAGUUUAGAGGUCUUUUUUAUAGCAGGUUGCCAUGGUGAUGUAAGGAUGUUAAGUCUAGUUGCGGGCGAAAGACUGUCGAGUUGUAAAUAUGAAUAUCCAUCAAAAUCUGUUAUAUUUAUAGUGGCGUUGCACUUCUUAACUUAUUAGUAAGACAUUUCAUAUUGAGGUCCUAUAGUGUUCUUCCACCAAAAGAAAAUAGGAAUUGGGUGAAUGAAAGGGUAACAGAUUGUAAAUAUGUUAUACAAUGUAGCAUGGCUGAAAGAAUUGGAAUUUGGCUGACUAUAAGUGCAGUGUUGUCGUAGAACUGAGUAAGAUACUUCUUGUGGCCAUGUUUAAGAACUUUUAAUUAACAUUCCUUCUCUACUUUACAAGGUUUUUGUGCCUUGUGUCACAGGAUUUUCUGUCCAAAAUGUAAUGUAAGUGUUAGCAAUUGUGGUUGAAAUAUUCCACAAACGUACAACAACAGCCAUACCAGAAUUUAGACUUGGAGACUACGCAUAUUUUUUGUAAAAAAAGCUACAGCUACUGUAGUGUUGUAAGAGUUGUUUAGAGUUAGAAUGGCACAUAGGACUUAAAAAAUAUGGCACAAAGUUGUAUGUUUCAUUGAUGUAUCACAAGUGUAUCACUUUUGGUACCCCCCUCUGUAAAAUGGCAUAAUCCAGAAUUAGAUUCAUGAAUUUUGGAAGUACACGAAUAUGGAACAGCCCAUUUUCAUUCCAAGGUGGGCCAGCAAUUUCAAUAAUGUUGAUACAGUACUAGUAUUGCCUUUUGGUCAAGAAAGGUGUAUUGUUUUAGCUGGACCGUUCCAAUGCAUUUGGGCUAGUACACACAUGUGGUAGUUGGCAAUAGUAUACGUGUACGUCUAGUAUAUAAAGUCAGUCUUUGUUGCUGAAUUGUUGAAUUCUAAUUUUACUGCAGAUAGCAGCAAAGACCAUAACAACUUUUAACAGAAUCAUACAUCUGAAUAUUUGUCACCAACACUUGUCACUAAAGAAAUAUGAUGGGGCCAAAGAAAUGCCCCCUGCCCCAAGUGAAUUAAACUGCAUUGAGAUGAAUAUCAUAGAUCCUCAGGAUGCCCUCAUUCAGUGUGUAAGUUGUGAAAUUCAAUGUACAGUGCAUUCAAUUUGUAUGUUUUGGGGUUGUAUGUAUAUCCAGAUUGCUAGGUAAAAGCCAUAGCUGUAAUUAUUGUGAACAGAACUUGGUGUUAUUUUAUUGGUGAUAGGUGUGAAUAAUAAUAUUGGUGGUGGAGAAGGUAUUAUUGACGAUCACGUUCGAUGUAAGUAAUUUUGUAUGUGAUCACAGAUGAUCUAGUUUUUAUACGAGGUAUUAUGAACAGUGUGGUUCACGGUUUGCCACUGUUUUAUGAGUUCAUUUUUCCCACAGCAUUCUUUGUUGUAAUUCUAUUUUUACAUGUGCUAUGUGUAAAUAAAACUCAUCUGUUCAAU